AAUGCGGGACAUUAGCGUGAAAGGUCCGGUAUGCCUUUUGAGUUGCCUGAUUUUGAACUCCAUUAACCGAAGAAUCGUUAUUCAGAACAUUGUCAGUAGACGAAUCUUGCGUUAUAUUAUCGGUGACCAACUUAAUCUUGUUUCGCCUUACAGUCCUAAUUUUCUGUCGACACUGAUAAGGCUGUGUCUGUAGUUUUGGGCGGUAGCUUGGUAGCUAUAUAGUUAGCUAGCUAGCCAUUCAGUUUUCAUUUGUCUUAUUGAAUGUCAACCACCAGCUCAUUGCAUGUGUGGUAAUAAUAUGUCAGCGCCGCUCCCCGCGAUUGUUCCCGCUGCCCGCAAGGCUACAGCGGCGGUGAUCUUCCUCCAUGGUCUGGGAGACACAGGGCAUGGUUGGGCUGAAGCUAUGGCUGGAAUCAGGACCCCUCACGUGAAGUACAUUUGCCCUCAUGCACCGGUCAUGCCAGUCACCCUCAACAUGAACAUGGCAAUGCCCUCCUGGUUUGACAUCAUUGGACUGAGUCCAGAUGCUGAGGAGGAUGAGACAGGGAUUAAAAAAGCUGCAGAGAACAUAAAAUCUUUGAUUGAUCAGGAGGUAAAGAAUGGGAUUCCAUCUCACCGGAUUAUACUGGGUGGUUUUUCUCAGGGUGGUGCACUUUCUCUUUAUACAGCUCUCACUACUCACCAGAAACUUGCAGGUGUUGUUGCUCUGAGCUGCUGGUUGCCCCUCAGGAACACUCUCUCUAAGUCAGCCCUUGGCAGUAAUAAGGAGAUACCGGUGCUACAGUGCCACGGGGAGGCAGAUCCUCUGGUUCCACUGAUCUUUGGCUGUCUUACAGUGGAGAAACUUAAGACCAUGAUGAACCCCAACAGUGUCUCCUUCAAAACAUACCCCAGGAUGCCCCAUAAUGCCUGUCCCGAGGAAAUGGUGGAUAUAAAACAAUUCAUUGAGAAGCAGCUUCCUCCAAUUGACUAAUCAGUAAUGUUUAAUUGAUCAUUUGUAAUGAUCAAUAAGCCCAAGCUCCGUCCAGCUGCUAUUUUUUCAUUUGACUGUACUAAAUACAGCCGAACGCACCCAAACCUCAACUUGGACUAAUCCUGAUAGUAGUACAAAUCUUAGUAUGCUUGACAGUAACCAUACUGGACUCUACUGGAUUUAUGCAGGACUUCUGUGACUUUAAAACCCCCAGCCAUGAACACCGUUACUAUAGUAACCUUUGACUUUGUGACAUUGAAACCUCUUGCUCAGGCUAAGGUUUGGUUGCCAUUUACACGUCACCUGUCAUAAAACACAGUUUCUGGGACUACUGUAGGGCUCAUGUAACAAAGUAGUCAGGACUGUAGGGCAUUAGCAAAUAAAGUCAUUUGUUGGGGCGGGCGGUGGGUUCCUAAUGUUAUAAUAAAAGACAUGAAUGAU